AGGUUGAUCAGCGGGGUCAGUCGAACGAGAGAUUGAGACUCCCGCCACUAGUCGAAAAUACUGAUUUGUUUAAUCAGAGGAGCAGACGAGAUCGAAGCCGGUGCUAACAUGAGCGGGAAUCACCAAACAUACGCCGAUUCGCGAUUAGGGGCCAAGCAAAAAUAAACAAUCGCCCAGACUCAGCAGCAAUCGCAGCAGAAACCGGUCUCAAAUUGAGGUAGAGAUACAGGCUGAGUCAGAGGCUUUAGAUCUUCUUCAUAGAAAAGAGAAAAAGUGAGGAUUAAAAAUGCCAGGAUUGGGCUUAGGUAUACUCCUUCUUAUCACCAUUGCCAAUAUUAAAGGAUAUAAAACUCCGACGCCCAGGGUGGAGCUGCUGGAAAAUGGCUUUCGUAUCUCUAUACCAGAUGAAAACGGUGUGAAACUGGUUGCCUUUAAUGCCAAUCGCAACAAAAACUUUACAUCCUUCAACCAAGGACAGUACACUGUGAGGUUAACCAAACCUCAGAAUGGGAGAUGGACAAGUGAGUUUGUGUCCGUUCCCUUAAGGGCUCACGAUGUCCUGUAUCUGUGGACAAGUGUACAGCACGAAAAGGCAGUGUACCAGGACAUGGGUCAGCCCUUGCAGGUUUGCAAUUUGGAAGGGAACUAUCUACCGAGAGGAUGUACGUCCCAUGAGGAUGACGAUCCCACAGAUGGCAAUCCAUCGAAUAACGUUGAAGGAUUUGUGGAAUCUACAUCACCUGAACCGUGCAAGCCAUCUUCGACAAAGGUUUCACCCGCUCCAAGUGGACCCAUCUGCAAAGGACAGCUUAUUUUUCAGGAGACCUUUGAUCAGCUUAAUGAUUCCCUCUGGCUUCAUGAAGUUCGCCUGCCGCUCGACACCAAAGAUGCUGAGUUUGUUUUGUAUGAUGGAAGAGCCAGGGUGGAGGAGGGCAAUCUGGUGAUCGAGCCUGUGCUGUGGUCAAGCUAUCGCCCAGAUUUGUCCAUUGCCAAUGCCAGGCUGGAUCUCUCCGAACGGUGUACAGGCACCCACAACAGACGCAGAGAAUGUGUGCUGCAAACCACCGGCAGUGGUCCCAGUGGCAUAAUGCCACCUGUAGUGGUACCCCGUAUUAACACCAAGGAGUCAUUCGCCUUCCAAUACGGACGCAUCGAAAUAAGGGCCAGAUUUCCGAAAGGGGACUGGAUGGUGCCCCUCCUGUUGCUGGAACCCCUUACGGAGUGGUACGGCCAAACGGGCUAUGAAUCAGGACAGCUUCGAGUGGCUUUUGCCAGGGGAAACUCCAAGCUGAAGAUGCCGCGAGGGAAGCUCGUCGACGGAAGAUCACUGUACGGUGGACCCAUCCUUUCUCCAGAUGCCCAGCUAAGGGAGGAUUCCUUGGUCAGCCAGCGGAGGAGUUCGCACUUUUCCAACGACUUUCACACCUAUAGUAUGGACUGGAGCAGCACAGGGCUACAGUUUUCAGUUGAUGGCCAGAUCUAUGGAGAGAUACUGAACGGCUUUGCGGAAUUGGAUCUAAAUCCCAGGUGGAAACAGGGUGGUCCCAUGGCUCCUUUUGAUAGGCUGUUUUACAUCACUUUGGGACUCUCUGUGGGUGGAUUCGGAGACUUUAUCGACGAUCUUCGUACGGCGACCUAUGAGAAGCCCUGGAGAAACUAUCACCCUCUGGCAAAGAUCGAGUUCCACGCCCACGAAAGCGAUUGGCUGCCAACUUGGGAGCAGCCUGCAAUGCUUAUUGAUUUCGUACGAGUGUAUGCGAAUUGAAAGUCUUUCUACAUGAUAACCUUUUGGAUUUAUUUAGAACGCGCCCAUUUAUGU